CUCCCUUCCCGCCGCGAGCUCUGGGCUCGGUCCUCUCAGCGCCCGCAGGCGACCACAUCCACCGCCGACGCUCUGAGGUCACCGACCGGGCUGAACCGCGGGGGGCGGAGGGACGGAGGGAAGAUGGCGCUAGCGGCCGGAUGUUGGCGCCGCCUCCCCCAAUCCCGGAGCCGGCGCAGAUGAGGCGCCUCGGCUGGGGCCAGCGGCGCUUCGGAACCUGAGCUGGGGGACCCUGGCGGUGGGGCCUGGCCCUGCUCUAUGACGGCGCCUCGGCUGGAUUGAGCGGCGGCGGCGCCUCUCUCGCCCGGCUCUCCCUGUCGCUGUGAGUGCGAGCCGGCGGCGGGCGGCGCGCCCGGGAUGGAGGACGUUAACUCCAACGUGAACGCGGACCAGGAGGUGCGGAAGCUGCAGGAGCUGGUGAAGAAGCUGGAGAAGCAGAACGAGCAGCUGAGGAGCCGCUCGGGGGCCGUGCAGGGCGCAGGCUCCUUCGGGCCCGGCAGUCCGGCGCGGGCCGGCGGGUGCACCCCGUCCUCCGGGGCGGCGUCCCCGCGGGGCUUCCCCUUGGGCCUCGGCGUCAAAGCAGGCGGCGGGGCCGGGUCGGGCCCGAGGCGGACGAGCGGCGAGGAGCUGCGGGACGCCACCUCUUUGCUGGCGGCGGGCGAGGGCGGCCUGUUGGACGAGGUGGAGCCGCUGCGGCCCGACGAGCUGGAGCGCCUGUCAGGCUGGGAGGAGGAGGCGGAGAGCUGGCUGUAUUCAUCACCAAAGAAAAAACUUACACCAAUGCAGAAAUCGGUUAGUCCAUUAGUUUGGUGCAGGCAAGUUUUGGAUUACCCAAGUCCUGAUGUUGAAUGUGCUAAAAAAUCUCUUAUCCACAAACUUGAUCAAACCAUGUCAGCUCUCAAGAGGCAGAAUUUGUACAAUAAUUCUUUCAACUCUGUGAGUUACACAAGUCCUUACAGUCCAAAUGCCAGUAGCCCAUAUAGCAGUGGCUUCAAUUCUCCAUCUUCAACCCCAGUGCGACCUCCGAUAGUCAAACAGCUUAUACUUCCUGGAAAUUCAGGUAACUUCAGAAGUUCAUCAGACAGAAACCCUCCUCUCAGUCCUCAAUCCUCUAUAGAUAGUGAGUUAAGUGCUUCAGAAUUAGAUGAAGAUUCAAUUGGAUCCAAUUAUAAGCUAAACGAUGUAACCGAUGUGCAGAUUCUAGCCCGAAUGCAAGAAGAAAGUCUUCGGCAAGAAUAUGCAGCCACCACCUCUCGGCGCAGUUCUGGUUCAUCUUGCAAUUCGACAAGACGGGGUACAUUUAGUGACCAGGAACUUGAUGCACAAAGUUUAGAUGAUGAAGAUGACACUAUGCAUCAUGCAGUAUACCCUGCUGUUAACAGGUUUUCACCAUCACCACGCAAUUCACCUCGACCAUCACCUAAGCAGUCACCCAGAAAUUCACCUCGUUCACGGUCUCCAGCUCGGGGAAUAGAAUAUAGUAGAGUAUCCCCACAGCCCAUGAUUAGCCGCUUACAGCAGCCUCGCCUUUCCCUUCAAGGUCAUCCCACAGAUUUACAGACUAGCAAUGUUAAAAAUGAAGAAAAACUUAGACGCAGUCUUCCAAACCUGUCCCGAACAUCUAAUACACAAGUUGACUCUGUGAAAAGCAGCAGAAGUGAUUCAAAUUUUCAAGUGCCAAAUGGAGGAAUACCUCGCAUGCAAUCUCAGGCUUCAGCCAGUCACGUGAGUCCUGUACUUGGGUUAUCAGCUUCGCAAAGGCUGAAAAAUUUGCCUCGUACUUCCCUCAAAGCCAAACAGUUGCUUCAAACUCCAUCUACAAAAAGAGUACCUUCUCCAGGCAAAUUCCGCACCCCAGCAGCACCAUCUCCUUUGGCUCUUCGGCAACCAAUGAAAGCAUUUAGUAACCAUGGCUCUGGUUCUCCUGGUUGCCAAGAAACAGCACAGUUCACACAAAUCACCUCCUCACCUGGGCCUCCCAUGGUUCAGAACACAGUCCCAGCAAACCCUCCCAGCAGCAUCAACAGCACGACGUUAACAAGACCUGCAGGGACAGUGGCCGUGCGAAGCGGCUUGCCCAGACCUAGCGCCCCUUCUGCUGGGGGCAUCCCAGUGCCUCGCAGCAAACUUGCACAGCCUGUUCGCAGAUCCUUGCCAGCUCCUAAAACCUAUGGCAGCAUAAAAGAUGACAGUUGGAAAGAUGGCUGUUACUGACCAGCAAAGACAAGAGGACCAGCAAUGCAGAGGUCCGCAGCUUCAUGGAUACCCCUUCACCAGACUAAAAACAACUUUUAUAUAUGCAGACUGUUCAGAUAAGACUCCUGGGAUUUGUAAAAUCCCAGCCCUCUCUGUCCUAAUUAGCACAAAUCGACAGAGAUGAUCAAGCAGCACUUUAAUGACAUUUAACAUCAGAUGUGUUUGGUAAUCAUACAAUCACUCUCCAUGGAAUCACUUUUAGUUUUGUUUAAGAGAAAGUCAGUUGAUUUUUUAAUAUUUGACAGAGGCCAAUAUCUGGGCAAAUACCCAAUGGAUGCCAAAGAAAAAUGCCCACUUGUAAAUGAGAAAAUACCUUUGUACACAAGAAAAUGGGUGAAUUCAGGCUACCCAAAACUUCACAUUCAACCUAAUUUACUGUAUAAAUAGUAUCAAUAAAUACUGUAUUAAUGAGAACUAAUAUUCUGACUAAUUAUCUAAAGUGUUUCUCUAGUAUUCCAGGAAAUUAUAGAUUAAAUUUGGGACAAUGGGAGGAAAAAACCUGGGCUAGAGAUUUAGAACAGGCCGUCUACAUUUAAGAGAAUUCUGUAAAUUGCUUUCACAUAUUCACUGGGAAAAUCAGCAUUUUAUUUAAUCUUCCGUUUUGGACACAGCUCACAUCACCACCACCAGAUAACGUUACAGUGUGCAUCCAUCGUGUCACACCGACACAUCAGACUUCUGUGUGUUUGUUUUGAUUGCCAAAAGGGCUUGAUGUCAGUUGUACAAUCUUUUCAACUUUAUAGUCCCUGGCUCAGGAAAGAUGGCCUUUGCUAUCGAAGCCAACUUCUUUACAUGCUGUUACCCAUCACAGAACUGGGAGAUCUAGUUUCUAAUAGCAGGUUUCCAGGGUGGGACAGAGCAAGUAGUGUCUUUACUCUGAUACAACACCUCAGUGCUUACAACCUGGAGCAAAACCAUACAGUGAGAGAGAGAGGGCAAAAAAAUCUAUGCACUUAACCUACAGAAAUCUCUGGUGAUGACAGUUGUAUUGUUGCUACUAAGUGGCGUAACGGUCUAUUUAUGUGGUAGGAAAAUACAGCCUGCCAAGUCUACUUAAGUUGAUCCACUUUGAACUGAGUAACUGUAUACAAUCUGAAAAUACUGUCCCUUUUGAUUCUGCCUUACAUCAAUUUUUAUAUUUUUGGUAACCUACUACAUUUAAUUCUAACUUGGUCUUUAUUGGCUCUUACACACACACACACACACACACACACACACACACAUGUCCUUGAAAUCACUUGUUUUGAUUUUUUUAGAUUAUUACCAAACUAAAACUUUCUACUGUAGCAGGCUUUUUAUUUUUCAUUGUGAGGUCUGCGUUUAAAUACUUAGUUUGGCCACUAUCAUACUGGCAGUUGGGUCACCUAAAAGAUUUGAGAGUUCAAAGCAUUUCUUUUCCUUUCUGUUAAUCAAAGACAUUCUGUAAGUUGGCAAAAGAAACUGAGAGGGAAAUGGAAGAUGCACUACUGAGGACAGCAUCGAGGGAGAUAGACUGAGAGAGUGAUGAGACCAAGACCCCCGUUGUGCCGUGACUGACGGGGGGGGGGGGCAGCGUUACUGGCUUGACCUGUUAGGAGGCAUUCAGUUAGGGCAAGCAGCUGCAGAUUUAAACCACCAGUACUGUGUAUUUGGUGAAUAAUGCAAGAAAGAUACUGUAUCCUUAAAUGUAAAGGUGAUAAGGUGGGUCUGGGAAGGAUGGCACCAGAAAUUCUACACGAUGAUGAGCUAAAAAAUGUUGCUUUUCAGAGGAAGAUAGAGAAAACAUCUGCUUUGGUGGAGGAGUAUUCCAUGUAAAUCUUAAGUCCAUACAACUUAAGACUAGUCCUAAGACUAGUCUAUAAGACUAGCCACUGUCUCUUUUUAGAGCCACAUAUACACAAAACAAAACAGGUCUCAGCUUUCCAUGCACCAUUGCAAAUAUAUAUGCUGCAAUCUAAUAAAAGGAAUUUUAACUCUUAUGGAACAUGCAUUACAUUUUUAGGUUAGAUAAUCAGUUUCAAAAGGAUUAUUCAGGUUAUUUGACUUUGUUUUUAAAUGGCGGCGUUAAAAAAUGUCUAUUUUUUUUAAUUAAAAUAUUUCAUUACUUGUUAAAAAUGUAUUUGGAUCUUAGUUUGGUAAAUAUUAUUUUACCUGCUGUUAUACUACCACAGAUGAUUGGCUUUUAGUUUCCUAAAGAGAAAAAUUGCCUUUUUACUAGAAAGCCUUUGUGUAUUGCCAGUUUUUCUGUUUGGGAAAAUCCAAGGAUUUACUGUGGUUAGUCUUGCAGAAGAAAUGUGGAUUUGAUAAACUAGUGCCUAUGAUUUUAACUUCUGUUUGAUAUAUAGUAGUAAGGGUUUUAUGAAUGUUGAUUAUUUUGUGCCAACAGCCCAGAAUUGUCACUUAUAUGUAAGCAGACAGCUACAAAUUCUGCUUCCAAAGUUAUUUAAUUUUUUCAGUGUUUGAAUGUUAUUUUUUGUAAGUGUGUUAAUAAAAGUGUAAAGAAUUGGAGAAAUAUAAAUAUUCUUAACUCAAGCACUUGCUCGAUCAUUUUUCUACAAAGCUUGUUUGUAUAAAACACUCUGGAGAGUUAACUUUUCUCAGUUUUCAUACCCUGCAAGUCACAUGUUAUAAACUGGGGACCAUUCAUAACUGUCAGGUACUUUUUAAAAUUAUCUCAAUACAUCACUUUUUAUAUUUUAAGAAAAGCUUUUUGAAAGAAAAUUAGAUACAUAUAUGGCCCCAGAUGUUUGUAUAAUUCUAGAAUGAUCUAGACUAUGUAUGUUUAAAUUGACUUUUUAUUGACUGUACAGGUUCCACUUUUGACAUUACACAUGGUCCUUUUAGAUCACAUUAAGUUUGAUUUGCAAACAUUUCUAUAGCUGAACUUGUAUAUGUGGUUGCCUCCUUAAUAAACAGCCUGACCAUAAUGUUUACUAUUAAAUUUA